AUGAACGAGUCCGCCGCCAAACGUCUCAAGACCGGCCCCAAGAUCGGCACCCACAGCGGGCACUUCCACGCCGACGAAGCGCUGGCAGUGCACAUGCUGCGCAUGCUCCCGACCUACCACAACUCGGAGCUCAUCCGCACGCGCGACCCGGAGCUCCUGGCGACGUGCCACACGGUCGUCGACGUCGGCGGCGAGUACGACGCCCAGCGCAACCGCUACGACCACCACCAGCGCGGCUUCACCGCCACCUUCCCCGGCCGCAGCACGAAGCUCUCGAGCGCGGGGCUCGUCUACAAGCACUUCGGCAAGGCCAUCGUAGCGCAGAGGCUGGGCGCGGGCGUGGCAGAGGACGCCCCCGAGGUCGAGCUCCUGCACAACAAGCUGUACGAGAGCUUCGUCGAGGCCCUCGACGCCCACGACAAUGGCAUCAGCGUCUACGACCCGGCCGGCAUCUCGGCCGCGGGGCUGGAGAAGCGCCACAGCGAGAGCGGCUUCACGCUCGCCGCCGUCGUCGGCAGGCUGAAUCCCAACUGGAACGACGAGAGGCCCAGCGAUCCCCUCGAGGCCCAGGAAGCCGAGGAUGCAAAGUUUCAUGUCGCAAGCCGGCGCAUCGGGGAGGAGUUUGAGCGCGACCUGGACUACUACGCCACGGCCUGGCUGCCGGCCCGGUCCAUCGUCCAGACGGCGUUUGACAAGAGGGCCGAGUUCGACCCAGAGGGGAGAAUACUCGUCUUUGAGGGACAGAGCGUGCCCUGGAAGGACCACCUGUACACGUUGGAGGACGGGAAGCCUACGGUGCUGUAUGUCUUGUACCCGGAGUCCACUGCGCCGGGCGCCAAGUGGAGGAUCCAGUGUGUGCCCGAGUCAAAGGACAGUUUUCUCAGCCGUAAGCCCUUGCCCGAAGCGUGGCGAGGUUUCCGCGACCAAGAGCUGGAUGGCAUUACCGGUAUUGAGGGCUGUGUGUUUGUGCACGCGGCCGGCUUCAUUGGCGGGAACAGGACAUUUGAAGGUGUCAAGCAGAUGGCCACCAAGGCGCUAGAGUAG